AUGACGAAUUCUAGGGUUCAUGCUAUUGAUUCUCUAAAACCUUAAUCUUUGUUACAUAUAGAAUCUCCAGAUAUAAUUUGUGAAAACCAAUUAGUUGUUUGUAAAACAGCUCUUAAUAUUAAAUCCAUCCUCAAAAAAUAAGAAGGAUAGUAAAAAGAAAAGAAGAAACUACUAUUUAAAGAUGAUCUAAAUAAAACUUAUGUGGUUGAAAAUUGGAAGAUUUAUAAUACCCCAUUUGAAGAGGAUGAUAGUUGCUGUUGUUUAAUAUAAUGA